CACUUUCUUUUGCAUUUUUUUCCCUGACGGGGUGGAUGUGAUACCCGGGCAGAGGCUGGUCACUCCAGCAGACCUGCUCCAUGCUUAUUCUGUGAUUUAUGUGCAUUUAAAAAGCAACUAGGAGAAGUAGCUGUGGCUGCAGCGUUCAUGUUAGUAGUCUCUCUCUCUCUCUCUCUCUCUCUCUCUUUCCUGCAAGCUGCGUCGUGCAAACUUGCAGAAAUGUCGCCCAAUCUGUCUUUAAAACCAUCCACUUGGUCCUCAUGAUGCAUUCAGUGGAUUUAAUGAUGGGAAGUGAACCCCAGUUCCUCUGGGUGGACCCGGGCUAAACCUGAUGUCGUCAACAGAAACAUCCAUGAACGCUCCGCCCGGCGCCGCCGCGAAGAGCUGCACCUCCGAGAGAUCCACGCUGCGUCCCGACCUGUGAGGAGACCAUGAGUAAGCUGUCGUUUCGGGCGCGGGCGCUGGACGCGUCCAAGCCUCUGCCCGUGUUCCGCUGCGAGGACCUGCCCGACCUGCAUGAGUACGCGUCCAUCAACCGGGCCGUGCCGCAGAUGCCGACGGGGAUGGAGAAGGAAGAGGAGUCGGAACACCAUCUCCAGCGGGCCAUCUCGGCGCAGCAGGUAUACGGCGAGAAGCGGGACAACAUGGUCAUCCCGGUGCCCGAGGCGGAGAGCAACAUCACCUACUACGAAUCCCUCUACCCCGGGGAGUUCAAGAUGCCAAAGCAGCUAAUUCACAUACAGCCUUUCAGCUUGGACACGGAGCAGCCGGACUACGACCUCGACUCGGAAGACGACGCGUUCGUCAACAAGCUGAAAAAGAAGAUGGAGAUCAGCUUCCUGCAGUUUGAGGAGAUGAUUGACCGGCUGGAGAAAGGCAGUGGGCAGCAGGCGGUGAGCCUCCCGGAGGCCAAACUGCUGCUGAAGGAGGACGACGAGCUCAUCAAGGAGGUCUUCGACUACUGGAGCCGCAAGAGGAAAAACAGCCGAGCCAACUGUCUCAUCCCCAACGUCAAGCAGGAGAAACGGGACGGCUCCAGCACCAGUGACCCCUACGUGGCCUUCCGACGGCGCACCGAGAAGAUGCAAACCAGGAAGAACCGCAAGAACGACGAGGCGUCCUACGAGAAGAUGCUGAAGCUGCGCAGGGAUCUCAGCCGAGCCGUCACCAUCCUGGAGAUGAUCAAAAGGAGGGAGAAGAGCAAGAGAGAGCUGCUGCACCUCACACUGGAGAUCUUUGAGAAGAGGAACGUCAUGUCAGACUACAGCGGUGAGGUCAUGGCGGAGGUUUUGGCUGAACGGGCGCUGGUGAGGCCGCAGAUCAUUCCCCUGGUCCCAGUCACCAACCAGUACCGACACCAGGACCACAUGGACCUCAAGGACAACAAGUCCAAGCCCGAGAAGACGGAAGUUCCCCGGCAGAAGAGGCCGUACGUGAAGAAGCCGAAGGCGUUGCCGCUCUCGUCAGGCGCCGCCCACCAUCCGGGUCCCGCCGUCUUCAAUGCCAAGGACCUGAACCAGUACGACUUCCCCAGCUCGGACGACGAGCCCUUCUCCCAGCUGCACUCAGGCUCAUCGGAAGCGGAGGAGGAGAACGACCCAGAUGGUGCCUACGCCUUUCGCAGGAAGGCAGGCUGCCAGUACUACGCUACUCGUCAGGACCGCGUGGGGAGCUGGCCGUGGUGCGGACCCUGGGAUGGCGGCUUGGCGGAAGCUCGUUUUCGCUACAGUCUCACCACGCUCACCGUGCCGCGGCGCUGCCUUGGCAUGGCUCGGCGACGCGUGGGACGAGGUGGCAGGGUGUUGCUGGACAGGGCGUUCACGGACUACGACAACGUUUUCCACGGAUUGGAUCCAGAAAUGCUCAACCUGUCUCUUCCCCCCUCUUCGCCGCCGCCUCCUUCUCCUACAAACACUUCACGCUCGCCGGCCACCGACAAGUUUGCCAGUACCUCAGAAACAAAUACCUCGGACAGAAGUUCCUCCUCCUGCAACUCCUCUCUUUCCUCCCCCUCUUCCACGGACCUCAGUCAGAUACUGUUGAAUAUAAGGUCGUGCCGAUGGAGGCACUUUAGACCACGGACACUACCACUACACGAGCUGGACAACGCCCACCCGCUAUUCAGGAAGUUGAGUCGAGGCCUGAAGCGACCGGUCUCGGCCUCCACAGCUGGAGGACAGCCGUACGGCGCUCAACGGCCGGUGAGGGUCGUCCCUGCACCCGCACCCGUUGCUGCUUUCACAGCCGAACAGUACCAGCAGCAUCAGGAGCAGCUGGCUCUGAUGCAGAAACAGCAGCUGGAGCAGAUCCAGAUGCAACAGCAAGCCAACAGCACCGCCACUACAAACAGCACAAAGGGCCUGCCGAAUACUUUGGACCAGGCCAGCGCUCAGUUCGCCGCCUCGGCACUAGCCACCGCCGACAAACUGCUGGCUCUCAAAACCAAGGAGGAGCAGGCCCUGGGAGGCGGAGUCAAUGGCGUCCUCUCCCCCUCAGGUGUCUACAAGGGCUUGCACCUCUCGAGCACAGCGUCCCCCGCCGCCGCCCAGGCUCCACCCACCUCCAACCCGACACCCACCUUGCACCACCCCUGCACCACAACCACCACCAGCUCCAACAGUAACAACAACGGCACCGCCCACCCCGCCAACGCCGCCGCCACUAACGCCGCCGCCACUCAGGUCCUGCUGGGAAACAACAACAACAGCCUCCGUCUGGGUGUUCCCGCCGGCAAGCGCGUCCACGCCCCCCGGACGCUGAGCGCCACCAUGUCGACGUCCGCCUUAAAGCUCGCCCACGCAGCCGCCGCAACCGCCAACUGUCAGAAACCCAAGGUCACCACGGCCUCGGCCUCGCCGCUGGACAUAGUGCCCAGAACAUCCAAAACACACCAGUUCCAGCAGAAACGUGAGCGACAACUUGAUAUCAAAAAGGGAGAACCACGAACAAGACAAGCCAGCACUGAACAGUCUAUCAGAGAACACAGUGGCCAUGGAGGUCACGUAGCCUCCUGAACGCAGCACGGGGGAGGCCUAACGCCGCCGCCGUCGUCGUUGUCGUUGUUGUUGUUUUUUCUUUUUUGUUUAGUGUUUUUUUUUUUUUUUUUUUCAAAAAAGGUGCUAUGCAUCGUUCGUUAAUGGUGAAAGCAAAAGUGGUGGCGGAAUGAGCACGGCAAAAAAAAAAAAAAAAAAAAAAAGGCUGGGUUUCCAUGGCAACCGUUUUGGGACUUAAUUGCAAUGCUCGUCUCGUACAAUUUUCUUUUUUUUCUCCCCAUCCCCCCCUUACCAGACCUAUUCCCCCUAUUUGUUACUGUUAAUAAGAGAUCGUCUGUAAAUUCUUAAUAUGGCAAUUAUAUGUACAGUACUGCAUAUUUGUAAUACCACCACCGCCCCUCCCUCCCCACUCCCCCCCCUUGUUCUUGUAUAUAACAUUACUUGAAUACAGAAAUUGUUCAUUUGUGAUGUUUUGCACUCGAGAUAUUGAAAAACAAAACAAAAAAAAAAUCCAAAUUAAAAAAGAGUAAACGACAAACUGCAACUGGUGCGAGUGUGAGGUGUGAACGUUGUACCACAGAACAAUGUGUCAUCACAUGCAUGGUGCCGAUCUAUUUAUUGUGCCGUGUUUACAAAGGGUUUUAUUUUUCGGUUCAUGUUUUUCUCUAAUUUUUUUAAUCAUUUUUUUUAUACACUGUUCCCCGUGCUGUAGUCAGUGUUUAGAUAGAUUUUUUUUAAAACAAAAACCUCUGUAUUUGUUUUGGGGGGUGUUGUGAACAUGGCCGGGAGCUCGUCCGGUUUUUGGUUUCCGGCGUUCUUCCACGACGUUCCCCGCGUAUCAUGGCGAAUCCACGGAGACAUGCGUUCAAACAGAUUCAGGCGGUAGAAGACGACGACGACGGGGUGAAUUUAUUUGUUUGUAGGCAUCAGUUGGUUAAUCAGUUUCCACAAAGCUCUUCCAUACAUAUAAUAUUCCUGAGACAAGUAACAAAACAAUGGGGGUGAUUUCCCAGAAGACAUUGCUGCUUCUGACUCAUCUAAGCACUAUAUGAUUUUUCUUUAUUAUUGAUGCUGCUUUUGUUUGAUUUUUACUUUUUCUCUCAAAGAUGAUCCCCCCUUCCUCAGUCCCCCUUAUCAUUUAAAAAAAUAAGUAUUUUUGUAUCUCCCACAAUUCAUAAAGUUUCAUUUUCCUCACGCUAAAACGUCAUUCUUUUGUUACUUGUUGAUCUUUAAAAAAAAACAAAAAAAAAACUAUAAGGGAGUAUUAAAACAAAAAAUGCAGUAACUGACAUUUAUUAUCAUUCCAGCUUCUACAUUAAAAAAAAAAAAAAAAAAAAAAAAGGAUGAAAACAUGUAUUAAUUGAGAAAAGGAAGAAAAAAAAGUUUUCUCUACUUUAAAAAAAAAAAAAAAAAAGAAAACUCUCCAGAAGGCUGAAAGGCCGUGAACGUUAUCGGGUGCCUUCAUUUGGGAAAAAACAAUUAAAAAUAAAAAAAACUUUUAAAAAAUGAAAAUCUCUCUCUUCUGUGAAGAGUUUGGUACUGAACAAGGCUACUUGUAGUUUUUCUUUGUCUGUACCACAAUCCCAAUGCCCAUUCCAAUGGCCCGGUUGAUUCAUGAGUUUUUUUGUUUUUGUAGACCCUUCAAACACACACACACACACACACGGGAAAGACUAAAAAGAUCCUCUUGAAUUGUCAUGAAAUGAAAUAAAAAAUCCAGGGCAUUAUGUGUUUUGA